AUGCAACCACCUACUUCACCAAGCCUCCUAGGCGUUCGGAUUCUCACACUAGAUGCUACCGGACCUGAGUACUCGCGCUGGCGACGCAGUGUCAGGUUUGCUUUGGAAACGAAAAAUGGGUGGAAAUACUGCAAUGGCAGGCGUCCGAUGCCGAUGCCAAAGGCAACACCAGCCAUAGCCGAACCUAACGACAUACAACCAAGUUUACUGCAGGAACGACGAGAAUGGGUGCGACGAGACCGCGAGGUCAAACUUGACAUAUUCCAGUCACUAGCAGAAGAAGUGAUGCAGGACGUAUUUGGUGUCGGCCCUCCGCUUCCCCCCACACAGUACACUGCGCAACAAAUGUUGCAAGCACUAGACAAUCGGUUUAGUGUCUUUGAGUUUGAAGGUUACCACCACGCCUUCUGUCAUUUUUUGAACUUGCACGUGGAUCAGUAUGAGAAUCUCGACGAUUUCAACAAGGAGUUCCUAACGGUGCUGGAGGACCUGCAUGACUAUGGCCACCCAAUAUCCAAUGUCCAAGCAUGCAGCGCAUACUUUUCCAAGCUGCAAUGCACGCAGAACCCAUGGGUAGCAAAGAAAGUGGCAGAAUGGGAUGUCCAGCCUUUCGAGCCUCAGCUGUGCGAUCUUAUGCAGGCAGCAGUGCUCUGGCCGUGUACCAAGUCUCUUGCAUCCAACUCGUGGCGGGACUGCUUUGCGAAGCCAUCACCAGAAGAGCAUAUCGAUGAUGGUGCUGCACCUGGACCUACAUAUAGCGACCUUGCACCCGAACUUUCGGACACAUCCACCCUGUCAUCCAAAGCUUCACAUUCGAGAGAAAUGUCCGAGCUGAUUUCCGAGCGGCAAAUUAAAACGGCGAUUCAUCUGAGCAAUAGGCAGUUCGAUCCAAAAGCACUAUGUGAAGCGCUUGAGAGGAUUCCAGCUAUAGUAGGUUCAGAAAGGCCAAGUCUGGACCAAGGCAUAAGAACAGACCCGACAACGCCUGAAUGGCUAAGCGCAAGAGAGAGUAUCGAUUCACAGCCACCGAUGCAGAAGAAUGCAGGAUCAGAAUCAACCGAUAUACCAAUACUUUUACUACCACCAGCCGCGCUCCACAAACCAGACAGCAAUCCACACAUGCGUUCUCUAUCAACCCCCAUACCCGAGAUAGCACUCAGCAACCCCACGAUCCCAGAAAAGAGCCCUCGACGAAAAACAACCGACUUCUCAUUCAAACAGGCCAUAGUCUCUAUCCAAGCAAGCCAGAAACCCCCCUCACUGUCCGAGCACCCCGCAUUCCGAAACAGAGCAUGGUCCCCCCCAGAAACCAUAACCGCAGACCUGCACCCAGCCCUGCGCCCAAUGACCCCACUCCUCAAGCCCCAAAAGCCAAAGCCGAAACAAAAAGAACGCUCCUGCUCGCCCCUCGACCUCUCAAGAUCCAAGCCGCCGCCUCCACUACGCAACCACCACCGCCGCCGCGCCCGCAGCGUAGGAAACUUCUCCGCCCAAGACACCACCUCAUCCUUCCUCCCCCCACCCUCCAGCACAACCGCAAGCGGGAGCAGCAGCACAAGCACCGUAUUUACCCUCCCCCUCCAAGGCUCCACCCUUCUUUCCAUCCCAGACACCACCACACCGCCAUGCUCACAACUCUCAUCCACCUGUCCCUUACCUCCUUAUAACCCCACCCCGCCGCUUCCUCCCCCCUCCCCAGUCCAUUCCCCAUCCCCAUCUCAAAAACCCCUCCCAUUCCUCCCUUUCCCCUUCAUCCACACACACACCCGCUCCCCUUCCGCACCACCACUACCAACCCAGCGCCCCGUCCAGCCUCCCGUCUCGAAAUUCUCCCUCUCUCCUACACCGGAUGCUGCGCACAAAGAUAAGCAUGCGAGGAGUGGGCAUAGGCGGUUUAGGAGUACGGGGGAUUGCGAUGCCAAGGCUAGGAAUAAGGCGGGGUAUAAGAGUGGGAAGGAGGCGAGGGAUGCGAGGGAUGAUAGAAAAAAGGAGAAGGAGAAGGAGAAGAAGAGGGAGAAGGGUUGGAGUUUGGGGGUUGGAAGGAUGGGCAAGUUGGGAGGAGGAGGAGGAAAGGGAGAGGAAGAUGGAGGGGAUGUGUAG